AUGGACGCCGCCACGCACAAGAAGCGCAAGUUCCGCGCCGACGCCAAUGGCGCAAAAUCCUCGAGCGGCAAGCGCUCCGCCGCCUCUGCGCCCGCCGCGGCGCAACCGAAGAAGCAGAAGCGCACCAAGGAACCCGAGCCGGAAGCCGACUCUGACGACUCCGCGAGCGACGAAGAGGAGGACGAGGAGGAGACGGCAGAGAACUUCAAAGACACAGAGGCCCCCUCAGACGACGAGGGCGCCGGCUCAGACCUCGACGACGACGUCAAAGCCCCCGCCGCCCCCUCAAAGUCCUCCUCCGACCUCCCCAACGCGGACUCCCUCGCCCUCCCGACCGUCGGCGCCGAAGCCCACGACUUCUCCCAGCUCAACCUCUCCGAGAGGACGAUGAAGGCCAUCAAGGACAUGGGCUUCACGAAAAUGACCGAGAUCCAGCGCCGCGGCAUCCCCCCCCUGCUCAGCGGCAAGGACGUCCUCGGCGCCGCCAAGACCGGCUCCGGCAAGACCCUCGCCUUCCUCAUCCCCGCCGUCGAGAUGCUGCACGCCCUGCGCUUCAAGCCCCGCAACGGCACCGGCGUCAUCGUCGUCUCCCCGACCCGCGAGCUCGCCCUGCAGAUUUUUGGUGUGGCCCGCGAGCUCAUGGCCCACCACUCCCAGACCUACGGCAUCGUCAUCGGCGGCGCCAACCGCCGCGCCGAGGCCGACAAGCUGCAGAAGGGCGUCAACCUGCUGAUCGCCACGCCCGGACGCCUGCUCGACCACCUCCAGAACACGCCCUUCGUCUUCAAGAACCUCAAGUCCCUCAUCAUCGACGAGGCCGACCGCAUCCUCGAGAUCGGUUUCGAGGACGAGAUGCGCCAGAUCGUCAAGAUCCUGCCCAAGGACGACCGCCAGACGAUGCUCUUCUCGGCGACGCAGACGACAAAGGUCGAGGACCUCGCGCGCAUCUCGCUGCGCCCGGGCCCGCUGUACGUCAACGUCGACGAGCAGAAGACGCACAGCACCGUCGAGAACCUCGAGCAGGGGUAUGUGAUUUGCGACGCCGACAAGCGGUUUUUGUUGCUGUUCAGCUUCCUGAAGCGCAACCUCAAGAAGAAGGUCAUCGUCUUUUUUAGUAGUUGCAACUCGGUCAAGUACCACGCCGAGCUGCUCAACUACAUCGACCUCCCCGUGCUGGACCUGCACGGUAAGCAGAAGCAGCAGAAGCGGACGAACACGUUUUUCGAGUUUUGCAACGCCAAGCAGGGUACUUUGAUCUGCACCGACGUCGCCGCUCGUGGAUUGGAUAUCCCCGCCGUGGACUGGAUCGUCCAGGUCGACCCCCCCGACGACCCGCGCGACUACAUCCACCGCGUGGGCCGCACGGCGCGCGGCGCCAACUCCAAGGGCCGCUCCCUCAUGUUCCUGCAGCCGUCCGAGGUGGGCUUCCUGACGCACCUGAAGGAGGCCCGCGUGCCCGUCGUCGAGUUCGACUUCCCCGCCAGCAAGAUCGCCAACAUCCAGUCCCUGCUCGAGAAGCUCAUCAACCAGAACUACUACCUCAACAAGUCGGCCAAGGACGGGUACCGCUCGUACCUGCACGCGUACGCGUCGCACUCGCUGCGGACGGUGUUCGACGUCAACAAGCUCGACCUGGCCAAGGUGGCCAAGAGUUUCGGGUUCAGCACCCCGCCGCGGGUGGAUAUCACGGUCGGCGCGAGCGGGCGGGAUAAGAAGGUGCAGGGAAGGAGGGCGUACGGGAGCCAGCCGAAGCAAGGGGGUACCGGGGGGUUUUAUAAGAAGAGGUGA